GAACGACGCAACGAGGCUUGGGGAAGAAAUGGCGCAUCUAAAAACCCCAGACAACCCAAGACGGGCCUGCGCCAACCCGCCCGCGCCUGCAAGCUAUCAACCAAGAUUUCUCAGACGUGAACGAACAAAUCGAACAGGCUGCGCACAUUAUUGGCCUUCCAGAUGAAUGGACGACCAAAAUAGGCGACGAGAGAGCCCCCAUUACGAAGGCACUUGCCAAAGCACGAGCGGAAUGGGUUUUGCGCUGGGCGCUCGAGAAGUUGAAAGAUGAGACGGCAGCUGGGAAGACCGCAAGAGGGACCGUUGCGCUAUGGACACUCUUGGACUGGAUGCUUAAUGUACUCCCGGCCUCGCGCAGUGCACAACAUCUACGAGACGCCGCUUUUCUUUCCAUCCUCGAGCGAACCAUGAACGAGAAUUUCAAUCAAACACAACCCACCCCCUCAUCUGCGGACAUCGAGAUGAGCGACGUGCCUGGAUCGAGCGAGAUAAUUGGCGAGAGCACUAAACCAUCGAAAAAGCGAAAGCGCGGCGCAGUUGGUGCAACGGGCACUUGUGGGCAGCCUCUGGGUCCUUCUGAGCUUCAGAAGCUAUUCAUCAUAGUCAGGACGACGGUCAAGUCGAUCGCUGGACUGAGCAACACACAGGAUCAAGGUGAAGACACAAUCCAGGCCGAGCUUAUGAAGAUCGUCCUAAGGACCGACAGUGCGCAGGCCGCCAGCAUCUUGAAGAACUGGCUCGUUGCCGUGGACAAGCUUUUGGCCUUAGCUUCCUCCACAUCAGGCGACCAGCACCUUGCUGAGAUAUUGGAUCUAUCUUUAGUCGUUGAGAUCUGGGAGCUGCGAAUGUCUACUGCGAGUGAUGAGUCUGGAGCCUCUGCUGACGAGUUCUCCGCAAAGUGUCUCGUGCCAGCUCUGACGCUCCUCGACACUUUCAGGGCGUUCCGCUCCGUACACCCAGAUCAGUCUGUCAUCUCUUCGGUCGAUCGCGCAACACAAUACAUCGAGAAGGUUCUUGCAAAGCACCUGUUCGCACCUGCCAGAGCUGCUUUCCUAGCCGAUGCAGAAAAGAGUGUCGAGACCAGCAGCAAGCGUCGCGAGGCAACUCUGCUGAUAAGCAACCUGGGUCCACUACGUGCAAAGCUACUUCAAGCAGCUCAGAUCGAGGACCAGGGCGAGUCAGUGACAGCCGAAUUAGCAGCGCUGUCUGGUGCCUCGUCACAGCUUCUGAGCUUAGCUAUCCGCAUUUCGCCCUCGAAGACGCCAAGAAGCAAGCUCGCUGAGAAGCCAUGGAUCGAGGCUGUGUUCAUUGCACUGCUGGAGUGCGCAGGCUGCUCACUGACCAUGCCACCGGAUUUUGUGACACCGCAUACUGCGAUCGACGUGCUCGUCCACGCCCUCAGUAUCCUCCGUGCACACAGUGUGGGUAUCAAGUCAGGCAUCUUGAAAGAUAUUUUCUGGUACCACUCGGGCAUCAAGUACCCGGUCGGCAAGGUCAAGCAGGUACACUGGUCCGUUGUGGCGGCCUUGAUCGAGCUUGAUCCAAGUGUCUUCGUCACUGAACUCAAGAGCAUCUCAGAAUCUUCCAAGGCGCAACAGCACGAUCUUGCGCAGGUUGUCUUUGAGGAGAUCUCAAAAGCUCAAUUCGAAGGACCUGGCUUCGGGGGGCUCGAACGGCAGGCGAACAUCAACCAAAGCUCCAAAAAUCAGAACCAUCCUCAAAUUAGCAAAGCUACUGUGUUGGAACGCGUCAUUGUGCCACUGAUGGCUGGGUUCGACACGAAUCGUAACCUGCUCGGCUUCGUUAGCCGCUGGGAUGCGCAGCUGAUCACGGCCAAUAGGCACGAGAACCGUAAGGCCCUCAAAGAGUGCAGGGACUUAAUCUGGGAAGAUCGCAAAAUCAGUCAAGCUCUUGCCGAGCGAUUCGAACAGUCUUUGACACAAGGUCAGAUCGCGGAGCUGUUACAAGAGCAUGUUCAGCGUAUGAACGAGCUUGAUAGCGCCUUGCGUACGGAAGUCAAGCAAGACAUCAACGUCAAGAAGCUGUCCGCGUACAAGCGCGCCGCAAGUACAGCGAUUGUUUUACCAGCUGUUCUUCAGUCUCUCAAGUCUGACAAAAUCAUUGAAGCGGUCAGGUUACAAUUGCGCUCACUGCUUCAGUCGUUCUCGACAUGGGUCCAAGAUGAUCGCUUUGUUCCUCACACACGACUAUCGCUCUCAUGGCUCACACUGUGUCAGCUCAUAUCGAAGCUUUGGCCAAUUGAGCUUCAUGGUUCGGUAGAGCAACAAGAUGAACUCAUCUCGCCGUUGAUUGAGCAAUCUCUGGAUGACGUGUCCGCGGCAUCGAGUAAGCGCGUUGACUCUCCAUCGCGAGCAGCCGCGAUGCUGUUCCUGCUCAAUGCCUGCGAUCAUAUGCAGACGCUCCCCGGCUCCGAGGACCUCAUCCGGCCUAGUUUAGACAAGGUCCUGCACAUUUUGUCAAGCGAUGUUCUUGGUCGAACAGAGCACGUUAGGAUGGUUGGCUUUUUCUGUGCCGACUUCAUUCACCUCUUUGGUCACGUUGGCGCUGAAGCAUCCCAGCGGUCUCUACAGCGACUACUGAUAGCCGUUUCCAGUCUGGACAACAACGCUAGCAUCGCUGCUGUCCAGUCACUAUCUCAAGCGAUUUUUGAACAGGGCAGCGCUCCGUUGCAAGACCUCUACAUCACAAUCCUGCGCGAGCUUCUGGAGAAAGACGACAUUUGUGCGCAGGGUCUGGCAACAACGGCACUGUACUUUAUCCGACCCUCCGCUAUCGCCCGUGAGAAACGAGAGGCUGUGCUAGAUCGACUCACAGAUAUGAUUUUGUCGGGCGCACAAGAUAUUCCAGCACUCCUAAGCAUCAUUGUACAACUCAUGGAAUCCUCCAACGCAACCGCUAAGCUCUCCAGCGAUGGUGCGAUUCUGUUUCAGAUCGCAGAACAAUUGCAAAAGACUGGAGCAGUAUCAACUGCAAAUCUCCAGUUGCUUCAACAGAUUGCCGGAUUGACCCUCGGGCAAAUUGUCUCCAAUCAGAGUCAAUCGCAGAACAUGAUAUAUCUGGGCAUGUUCAAAAAGAAGCUUGAUUCGACCACCGGCAAAGGCAAGCAACAUUCUGCUGCUGACUUGGCCAUGCUCCGUGCUAUCUUCGCUGUGCAGAAGCAGAUUAGCCUCUUACAUCCAAAGCAAUACGUUUCGGUACUGAAGGCAUGUCUGACCAGCGAGUCGCCAGAUCCCAAUGCACCAUCGCUCGAAAGUGUCAUUGACGCAUUCAACGAGUUGUCGACUACUGCCCUUGCGGAGGCUAAGCUUUUGGACUCGACACAGGCCUGGCUUCGCACCUGGAUCGCCGAGAACGCAGAUCUAGAGUCGUACAUGGCCAUAGGUGGUCAGGGACCUCCCGAGCUGGCCAAACAUGUUGUGCGCCUGCACGCAACAGUGGCGAAUUACAAGCUCUACCCUAACACACUUUGGCUCGUUGACUUCACGCUCAAAUGUCUUCGCGAGCCCGUAUCCGAGCAGCGCAAGAUUAAGACCGUGGCCAUCAUGAGAAACGUUUUCGCCCGACUACCAGUCUACGAGAAGCUGGACCUCGUCCACACUCUCACUCAUCCAGCCAACCUUCUGGAUCAAGCGUCCUCAUACCGACUCCUGACAAACUUGCUCUCGACCUUCGAAGACCGUCCCGAGUCCAACACCGAGUUGAGGAACAACCAGCUUGCACUGUUGCCAAAGCUCUGCGACCUCCUGACUCACUCCCAGAACCACGCAUCUUUCAACGCCCUUAUCUCUAGCAUCAACACAAUCCUCUCGCACACCCCAUCCCUCGCGACCCAACACAGCAUCGAGACAACCCUGACCGCACUCUCGACCCUGAGCUCCCGCUCCAGCCCCCAGCUGCCCGCAUCCCACGCACCCGCUAUCUACGCCCGCCUCUGCGAGACAACACGCCUGGUCCUCCUUCUGCACCGCGGCCGCCUAGGCGGACGUUUCCACGUUCUACUUCCGCUACUUCAGAAUCUACUCUUCCUGCUCUUCACGCCGCACUCCGGCCGCGGUGCCUUACCCGCCUGGCUCAAAGACUCUAGCUCCAUACCUCUUACUCCGGACAACGGAACCCAGUUCGCCCGUGUGUUGGCCAUGCUGUGCAAUCCUCCGCAGUCGAGUAUCCAGAAGACACAUACUGGCGGUAAGACGAGCAAGACGCUUAACGACCCUGUCAAGAAGGCGAGGGAGAUGACGAGUGCGUUUCUGUACCCGCUGCUUGCGUCUUACAGUCGCUUCCAGCUCGGCGGCAGGGUGGAGCCGGAUGUUAGGGAGAAGCUUAUGCCAGGCAUUUGGGAGGUGGUUGGCACGGCGAGCUUGAGUAGAGAUGGAUUAAAUGCUAUGUUUGCGGGGCUUAGACGGAGCGAGAGAGAUGUCUGGAGAGGGGUUUGGGGCGAGUGGGAGAGUGUGCAUGGCAGGAAGGGAUUGUUGAGUGGUGAUGUUGUUUAAGUUCGUGUUCGGAGCUUGUGGCUAUCUGGACAAGGUAGUCGAAUGUACGCGUGAAUUUUCGAUGCAUGAUGACACACCUGACCACUGUGGUUUCCGCAGGGAGAAGGUGACUUCGAGUUUGGUUCCCCGGCGAACAACCCAAACAAAGCUUUCCACUCAUCCCGAUCCACCACGCUGCAACACCUGCACUGGAACCGGGGUAGAUGGCGUACACAACAGUUGUGGAACGGCAGGAGGGAACGAGAGACCUAGGGAGGAAGAUGCAUAGAGGGACGUAGUAUCAUGACGAACAGAGGUGGGUGGACGGGAAUAUAUGGUUGACUAACAAGGCGCCCGAGCAAGAAGAACAUCAACGCAUCCCGCAUAGCAGCAGAGUUCGUGCCUUCCAUCGGGUAGAACAUUACAUAAGCAACAUCCUG